GCGGCGGCAGAGGCUCGGGCCGGGCGGCGGGCGAGCGCUGCUGGCCGCGGUGCUGCUGUGCCUGUGCUGCCGGGCGGCGGCGGAGCGGGUCCGCUACUCCAUCCCCGAGGAGCUGGGCAGAGGCUCGCUCGUGGGGCCGCUGGCGCGGGAUCUGGGGCUCAGCGCGGACGAGCUGCCGGCGCGCAAGCUGCGGGUGGCGUCUGCCAGUAAAAAGCAGCUGAAAUAUUUCACGGUGAAUGAGGAAAACGGGAACUUGUACGUGAAUGAGAGACUGGACCGGGAGGAGAUGUGCGGCGAGUCGGCGACGUGCUCUGUCAGCUUCGAGGUGCUGGUGCACAACCCGCUGAACGUUUUCCGCGUCGAGGUGGCCAUCGAGGACGUGAACGAUAACUCCCCGACCUUCAGCAAGGAUGCUCUGGACCUCGAAAUCGGUGAACUAAUCCCUCCCGGUGCUCGAUUUCCGCUGGAGAUGGCACGUGAUGCGGACGUGGGAAGGAAUUCGCUGCUGACUUAUCAGCUCGCCAGCAAUCCGUCCUUCUCUCUGGCCAUGAAGGAGAGCUCCGACGGAAGCAAGCAGCCGGAAUUAGUGCUGGAGAAAGCAUUAGACCGAGAGAAGCAGAGUUUCUUUGAGCUGGUGCUGACAGCGGUAGACGGCGGGGAUCCCGCGAGGUCCGGGACUGUUCAAGUUCGGGUCAAUGUGACGGACGCCAACGACAACCCACCCGUGUUCAGCAAAAGUGUCUACGAGACACGAGUGGCUGAGAACCUGCCGGCAGAAUCGCUGGUGCUGCAGGUACGGGCGACGGAUGCAGACACAGGAUCCAACGGGCGGGUCUCCUACUCGUUCAGCAAUGUCCCGGAAGGCAUCCGCGCGUUGUUCACUGUGGACAGCGAGAGCGGUGAAAUAAGGACUCUGGGUCACCUCGAUUUCGAGGAGAAGAGUAAAUAUAUCUUCGGCCUGGAGGCGAAGGACGGUGGAGGUUUAGUGUCGCACUGCAAAGUGCAAAUAGAAGUCACGGACGAGAAUGACAACGCGCCCGAGAUCACGAUUCUGUCCCUCUCAAGCCCCGUGCCCGAGGAUGCGCCGGCCGGCACCGUGGUGGCCCUUCUGAAUGUGGACGACCCAGACUCCGGCGAGAACGGUCAGGUGUCGUGCGAGCUGACGGGAGAGGCGCCGCUGUCGAUCGUGGCGUCGUCGGGCGGCUCGUACAAGGUGGUGACGGCGAGCGCGCUGGACCGCGAGCAGGCGUCCGAGCACCGCGUGACGGUGGUGGCCCGGGACCGUGGGCGGCCGGCGCUGUGGAGCAGCACGGAGCUGGUGCUGGAGGUGUCGGACGUGAACGACAACGCGCCGGUGUUCGAGGAGGCGGCGUAC